CUGCUCGGGCGGAGGGCGACCUGCGAUCGGCGGAGACCCCCGGCCCUCCCUGCCCGCCAUGGCCAAGCGGCUGCGGAGCAGCGACGUCUGCGCGGAUUGCAGCGCCGCGGAGCCCAGCUGGGCCUCCGUCAACCGCGGCGUCCUGCUGUGCGAUGAGUGCUGCAGCGUCCACCGCAGCCUCGGCCGCCACAUCUCCCAGGUGCGGCACCUGAAGCACACGCCCUGGCCCGCCACGCUCCUGCAGAUGGUGGAAACCUUGUACAACAAUGGCGCCAAUUCCAUCUGGGAGCAUUCGCUGCUGGACCCGGCCUCCGUCAUGAGCGGACGGCGCAAAGCAAACCCUCAGGACAAAGUGCACCCCAACAAGGCGGAAUUCAUUCGGGCGAAAUACCAGAUGCUGGCCUUCGUGCAUCGCUUGCCGUGCCGGGACGACGACAGCGUGACUGCCAAAGACCUCAGCAAGCAACUCCACUCCAGCGUCAGGACGGGGAACCUGGAGACCUGCCUGAGGCUUCUCUCGCUGGGAGCACAGGCCAACUUCUUCCACCCGGAGAAAGGGAACACCCCGCUUCACGUGGCUGCCAAGACGGGGCAGAUUCUGCAAGCAGAGUUGUUGGCUGUGUAUGGAGCUGAUCCUGGCACCCCAGACUCCUGCGGGAAGACCCCAGUGGAUUAUGCAAGGCAAGGAGGCCACCUUGAGCUGGCUGAGCGCUUGGUGGAAAUACAGUAUGAGCUCACCGACCGGCUGGCUUUCUAUCUCUGCGGCAGGAAACCAGACCACAAAGGCCGGCAGCACUUCAUCAUCCCUCAGAUGGCAGACAGCAGCCUGGACGUCUCUGAGCUGGCCAAGGCAGCCAAGAAGAAGCUCCAGCUGUUGAACAAUCACCUGUUCGAAGAGCUGGCCAUGGACGUCUACGAUGAGGUGGACAGGCGGGAGACGGACGCAGUGUGGCUGGCGACCCAGAACCACAGCACCCUGGUCACGGAGACAACCGUGGUCCCUUUCCUUCCUGUCAACCCGGAGUAUUCCUCAACCAGGAACCAGGGGAGGCAGAAGCUGGCCCGCUUCAAUGCCCAUGAGUUCGCCACGCUCGUCAUCGACAUCCUGGGGGAUGCCAAGCGAAGGCAGCAGGGAAACCCUGUCCCAAGUGCCACAGAAAACGUGGAGCUGAUCCUCAAGGCCGUCAACAGCCAGCCUGGCCCUGGGGGUCACGAGGCCGACCAGCCCGACUACGACAGUGUUGCCUCCGACGAAGAAGCCGACCUGGAGAGCAGUUCAGGGAAGGCCUCUCGGCAGAAGAGCCUGGACUCCGACCUGUCUGACGGCCCCAUCACUGCCCAGGAAUACCUGCAGGUGAAAAACGCCCUGGUGGCUUCGGAGGCGAAAAUCCAGCAGCUUUUGAAGGUGAACAUCAACUUGAGCGAUGAGCUGAGGACCAUGCAGAAGAAGCUUCAGAGCCUGCAGAGCGAAAACACGAGCCUCCGGCGGCAGGCCACCCCCAACACCCACCCAGCUUCGGCUGGCUCCGAGUACGCAGACGUGCCUUCCAUUCGGCGCCCCUCCUUGCGCAGCAGCCGGCCGAUGUCGAUGUACGAGACGGGCUCCACCCAGAAGCCCUACCUGCCGCUAACCGAAGCCGCCUACCCCGAGGAGCACAUCGUGCCCCGGCUCCAGCUCUUCCAUAUGUCCCGGCUGGAGAAACAGAGCAGCUUGCCCGAGGGGGAUUACGACAACACCGGCCCUGCUCUGGAGCUGGACGAGACGGGGCUCAUCAGGAAGGCCAGGCAGCGGAGCGUCCUUGGGCCAGAGGGCAAGGACCCCGAGUCCCACCCCAGCUUCCCCAGCACCGAGGACGUGAUCCGGAAGACGGAGCAGAUCACCAAGAACAUCCAGGAGCUGCUGAGGGCGGCCCAGGAGAGCAAGCACGAGAGCUACAUCCCCUGCUCGGAGAGGAUCCAUCUGGCCGUCACGGAGAUGGCAGCCCUCUUCCCCAAAAAGCCGCCGUCGGAGCUGGUGCGCACCCCGCUGCGGCUGCUGACCUCCAGCGCCUUCCGCCUGCACUCCGAGUGCGUGAAGGCCCUCCCGCCCGAAUCCUGCUCCACAGCCGACGUCCAGCUGGUCACCCAGCAGGUCAUCCAGUGCGCCUACGACAUCGCCAAGGCUGCCAAGCAGCUGGUCACCAUCACCACCAAAGAGAACGCCAACUGAGCAGCCUCUGCUGCCGCCUUGGAAACCGGGCUCAGGUUUCCAGGGGAAGCUCUUUUCUACAGGAAUAUUUAAAGCGGUGCGUUGCCAUUUUUUUUUUAAAGGAAACUCAGUAUUAACUUUUUUGCAUGUUGUUUUUCUAAGAAGACUUUUUCCCCAGGAUUGCCAAAUCCACUGCCUUAUUUGGUGCUCCGUGUUUGCCGGCAUUGAGUGCGCGCGUGCUGGAAGUCUUCUCGAGUCAACCCUCCCAUUCACCAGCUUGCGGGACUUUUUUUGCUGUGGCGAGGAGGGUAGUGCGAAUCCUGCGCUCUUUUUUAGCACCCACUGGGAACUCGGGAUGCCCAGAG